AUGAAACGACGCUGUACUCAAAAAAAGAUGCUGUUGCAAGUUAUCCAGGAGGUGGACGGAAAAUUCCUCUGUAAAGCAGAUGAGAAGUGCGGGUAUACCAAGCACCGCAUUUUUAAAAUGCACCCUGCUGUCUACGCAGCAAUGAAUUUACCUGUACCGCCAAACCAGAAAACCGAACCAGCUAAGAAAAAAUCGAAAAAAAUGUGUGUGGACAUGAACGCAGAAACAGUGUUGCUUGGUAUCUUGCAGCUGGCCACGGUUGAUCGCCUGCCAUAUUCUUUUCCGGACAUGGUUGGAUUUAGAACAUUAUUGGAACCUAUCUGUAAAGCAGCCGGGAUCACCACCAAUCGCAAAAACAUAGCCAGCUUGGUCGAAAACUCGGCGUGUACAGCACGACAGCUAAUAUCGGCAGAGCUAAAGCAGCAACCGCUGAUAGCGAUAGAGGUAGACGGAGCAUCCAGAGGUAGCCGUCAUUUCAUUGGAAUUAAUGCGUGUAUCGUUUUGGAAGGAAAAGUCAUUGUUCGUAAUUUAGCGAUCAAAGAAACACUGGAAAGGCAAACGAAAGAGCACUUGAAAUCGCUUAUUGAAGAUGUUCUGAGCGAUUUUGGCGUUACUUUGAGUCAAGUGUACUCAGUUACGCACGAUAACGGUGCAAACAUGGUAGCCUCCGUCUCCGAAAUGAAAAAGUCACUUGAAAGCUCUAACAUCGAACUAAGCUCUCUUGUGGAUGGAUAUAUAGAGAGUGCCAACGACGAGCAAAACGAUGUUGCAGAUAUUGAUAUUGAACACACUGAUGAGCAAAUCGAGACUGAAGAUGUUGAGGAGACCGAAGAUGAAAACGACGACUUCAUUAAUGGCAAAGACGGAGGCAACGACACUGUGGAAGCUUCGCAGGUAGUAGAUCCGUUUGACGUUUCAAUGCAGCAAAUUCUCGACAGCGUGAGAUGUUCUGCACAUACCGCCCAAUUGGCAGUUUUGGAUGUGAUCAAGCCUUACGAAAAGCGCAUCGUAAAAAUUCAAAAACUCGUUAUAAAGUUGCGACAACGAGAAUAUUUGAAAUUUGUCAGGCAACAUGAUGCAAACCUACCUCCUAUCAGCAAUAAAACCCGAUGGAACAGCACUUAUCUCAUGUUGAAAUGUUUGCAAAGGCAAAAAACAUUCUUUAAUAUACUCAGAAAGUCUUAUCCUGAAAUCGACUUCACAUCACAUUGGAAAUUUAUCGACAAGUUUUGCGAGGCAUUUGAAGCGCCAUUUAUUCUUACAAUGCAACUCCAGAAGCGACAUGUUAUUUUGAGCAACUUCUACGCAUACUGGCUAAUAUGUCAGGCUAAACUAAUGCGAUGUGCAGACAAUUGUUUAGCAAAAAGGCUAUUGAAAGCAUUUCAACGACGUUUGCAGAAGCUCACUGAAUCUUUGCCUUUCAAGGCGUGUGUUUACCUGGAUCCUCGGUUCAAUUUUCUAGGAUCGAAAAGAAUUUCACCGAAAGAUAAAGAGCUGGCACAGGAAUUUCUUGUUAUGCUCCAUAAUCGGGUAAGUGGAAAAAAAUUUGGAAACGAUGAAAAUCCAGGUAGAAGCAUAGAGGAGGAAGAUGAGCUGGAGACUCUUUUGGCAGAAUUUUUCGACGAGGAUUCUGAAGGCAACACAUCGUUGGCGAGCCAAAGUAAUUCUUCUGUUGCGCAAAAACUUAAAGCACUCGAGAUUAGGGAGAAGGUACCGACAGUUGGAUACGCGCGCCCAGGCUCAUCGAACAGUCUUGACAAUCCGGAUAAUUUUGAUCUAUCGUACUGGGAAGGUCAAAAAUAUACAAAUCCGGACGUAUACAAAGUGGCAAUGAUUGCCUUUUCUGCAUCAGCUACGCAGGUUUCUGUCGAACGUAGUUUCUGUGCGCUGAAGCUGUUAUUGAAUGAUCAUAGAAUGAAUUUAACGGCUAGUGCAGUCGAAAACGCUCUAUUGCUUAAACUGAACUCUGACCUUCUUCCUCAGAUCGCGAAAAUGGUAUGCGAAGAAGAUCACUAA